UUUUGUCUCCUUGCCGUUUCAUUUCAUUGCGUUGCUCGUCAUGGACGCGAAGAACGACGAGGUUCAUCAGGUUGAGGCCGUCAAUCAUUCAGGCCACUCUCAUUCUCAUGAUGCCCACAUUGUUCCCAUAGAACAGGAAGCAACUGAAAAUGCCAGGCAUAUCAAUCUGUCGUGGAGAUCGUGGCUCGUCGUCUUCAUCACAUGCUUCGCCAUUAUGGCUCAAGUUUAUGUCGUCGUGGCCGCAGGAAGCUUGAUUGCUUUCAUCAUUCGCGACCUUGGAGAGCCUGCUAUAGCCGGAUGGAUCAUCCAGGGCCCUCUCCUCAUGCAAAGCGUUCUCUCGCCGCUUGUGGGUCGGCUCUCCGAUGUGCUGGACCGAAAGUAUCUUGCGAGUAUCCCGCCUCUCAUCGCCUUUGUGGGCGCCGUGGUGUGUGCAAAGGCAACCUCAAUGAACAUGCUCAUUGGAGGUGGUAUCUUGAUUGGAAUCACUUUGGCCACGAUUUCAAUUGUCCAGGCCAUUCCAUCAGAGAUUCUACCGCUAAAGUACCGCGCACUGGCAAAUGGUUUUGCAUUCUUGGGGGGAGCUGUGGGUGGUCUCGUCGGCGGUGUGGGUGCAGGAGGUGUAACGAACGCAAAUCAAGGCGGCUGGAGAGACAUAUUCUGGAUGCAGGCCGCGUUCCAUGCCGCUACAUCUGUCGGGCUUCUAGCGUUCUAUUGGCCCCAGAAGCGGUCAGACUACCCAAAGAUGAAGUUCUCGGAGUAUGUGUGGGCUUGUGAUCCGAUUGGUUCAUUCCUAUUCAUCUGCUCCGCGACUCUCAUGCUUCUUGGCCUCAAUUGGGCUGGGGGAGACUAUCCGUGGUCUGACCCUCAUGUUGCUGCUCCACUCGGAAUCGGGCUUGGGCUUCUUGUCGUAUUCUGUCUUUAUGAAUGGAAGGGCAGAGAUGAUGGCAUCGUAGCUCACGUCUUCUUCCGAAAUGGUCAGAAUUUCAUUCUCUCUGUAUUCGCAUUUGCAGUUGAAGGCUGGAUCUUCUACUCUGCCGUGAACUCCGUCACCCCCCAAAUCGUUCUCAAUCUCGGCUUCGAAAACAACGCGUGGGACAUAUCCAUCCGCCAACUAAGCUACGUCCUCCCCUCCCUCGUCUUCUCCAUCCCAAUCACCCUCUACGCCACGAAAUACAAGGAUAUGAAAACUCCCCUCAUCGCGACUUUUACCAUCUUCCUCGUCGUCACUAUCUCUUACGCAUGCAUCAAACCCACAUGGAACAAAGCGCAAAUCGGACUCAAUGUUCUUUCUGGCAUCGGCCAAUCGGGGCCAUUGACGUUACUAGUCGCUUGCGUGCAAUUUACCGCUCCCCACGCCUUCCUUUCCACAGCUACGGGCCUCGCGUUUUCUGCCCGCGCGAUCGGAGGGGCGUUUGGUUCAGCUGUCAUAUCCGCAAUUGUGAAUGGGCGAAUUAAUUCGCACUACGCGAAUGACGUGUCCUCUGCUGCAAUCGCCGCAGGGCUUCCAGAAUCCUCUGUGCCUAAUCUAUUGGCGUCUCUUGCGGAAGGUGGCGUAGAGACGGUGCCGGGCGCUACGCCUGAGAUCAUGGCUGCGGUGAUGAAUGCGAGCCAUUGGUCGUAUGCGAGGGCUUACCGGUUGGGUUGGGCGAGCGUGAUUCCGUUUGUGGUGCUGGCGUUGGUCGCGGUGGCGUGUUUGAGGGGUGUGAAAGAGUUGAUGACGGAGAAGGUGGAAGCGACGGUUGAGCAUGUUCCUGAGGACGAGGAGAAGGUUCAAGCGUAGGGUGGGGUUGGAGUGUUUGUCGUAGGGUGCUUACGGGGGAACGAUGACUGGAGGUUGGGUAAGGGGCAGGUGGC